UAUCUGCUGUCAAAUUGCACUUCGUGUGUCUCACCAUACACAAAGCUACACAAACUGCAUGUAUGAGCGUGUUCAUACAGACACUAUCCUACGUGCAAUUCCAUUUGGAGUAACUUACCAAGUCGACUCUCAUUUUCACGCUAGACUUAUUCGUGUUAUGUGACUUGCUGUCAAGUGUAAUAAUCUGACAAAAACAAAUUUUCGACAAACUUAUUGUGGCAGAUAAAAUAAUUAAGCAAAUCGAUUUCGACAAUUAAAAAUUAAUUUAAUUGUAAUUAAGUGUCUAAAUCAAUAUUAAUUUAAUACCAAACCAAUGAUAACACUAUUUGACUGAUGCUAAAAGCGUUAACUCUUAAUUAAGCCUUGCGUUAAAAAAAAUCUUAUAUAAUAUGUUGAUUUGCGUGAUAAGUUAUUAAAUAGUGUUUAUUUUAUAAUUCUGAAAAGGUUGCAAUAAUCAAUACAGGUAUGAGUAGAUAUAAUGAUUAAGAAAAUAAUGAAAUAUAUAAUACAUAUAAACACAUACAUGCAACAUCAUUAAUUUAAGAGACAGUCAAUUUUUUAACUUUUAAUUUUUAUAUUUAAAAAAUUUUUGAACAUGCAUAACUAUUUAUUGACUUGUAUCACUCUUUAGAUAUAAUUAAAGGCUAUUUGCAUAAAAGUUACAUUGUUACAUUGCAACAAUCUGUUUAAUAAUGAUUCAUUAUGAAAGUAAAUGCAAUAUUCGGUGUUUUAUCAUUCAUUGUUAUUCCGGUAUUAACUGACAAAAGAAAUAUUAUGAAGAAUUUCAAAGUGGAAUCCUGGAUUUCAACUGAAAAUUUUACGACAAUAGUUAAGAAAUCGUUUCUUUACUCAAAAUGUUGUAAUAUCUUUUUAAGUGAAUCAGUUUACGAUGUAGAAGUAUUAUUGCAUCAAUUUAUCGAUAUUUAUCCGCACGAAUAUCUUCUACAUAAAAUAUUUUAUGACUGUCAAGGAUACUUUUUGCUGGGACCGACGGAUAAGGAAAUAGAAAAGGCUAUGCGAAUGGUACCUUCAUCCAUAUCAACAACAGAGAUUCUCGUUAUUGUUAAUAGUGAAUUGAAAAAUAUUUCAACACUUUUUAACGUAUCUCUAUACGGGAAUUCCAAUGCAAAUAUUAUAUCAAGAUCUGGUAUUUGGACCUUAUCAGAAAACUAUUUAAAACCCAGAUUUUUUUUAAAAGUAAAUAGUUACGAGGAAUUGAUGUCUGAAUUCAACACAAUUAAUAUGAGAGGAAGAGAACUGCAAGUGUGUACUUUUUAUCAACCACCUUUCUCCUACCUCAAGAAAACAACUACAAAAAUAAUUAAUGGCGUUGAAAAAGAAGUUUUUCUAGCAGAUAAUGAUAAAGAAAAGGAUGGAAUAGAAGUGAAGCUGUUUCUAACCAUAGCAGAAAAAUUAAAUUUUACUUGGACAAUACAAAAUUUAAAAGGAAAUGACAGAUAUGGUCGGCCCGUAAAUGGUACAGAAUGGAAGGGUGGUGUUAUUCAACUUAUACGGGAAAAAAAGGUUGAUCUAGCAUUUGGGAGUGUUUGGUUAACGCAGAAUCACAACGAAUUCGUAAACAUGUCCACACCGUGGAUUGAGAUGUUCAUACAUUUUUUGGUACCGCGACCACAACCGAUUGCCAAUUUCUGGGCGCUUAUGAGACCAUUUUCAGUGCGAUGUUGGAUACUUAUAAUAAUUAUGUUGUUUGUUACCAGCAUGUAUAUGUAUAUACGCGCUAGGAUAGAUCCAAAAUUUCCGCAACGUUUUCGGAGCAUUUUCUGCACAAUUACGGAAUUGAUCGGUCGUUUAGUUGGCACAUGGGUACCCAAAAAUACUGCCAAUGCUAGGUUCGAAUUGCAUUUGUGGAACACUACAGGAUUCUUGCUUGUAACCGCCUAUUGCAGCAGUCUUGCAGCAAGACUUGCGAGCUCGGAAUACGAGGAUAGGAUCGAUACUGUACGUCAAUUUCUUCAGGCUAACUUAACGUGGGGUCAUAUGAAACAAGUGCCAUAUUGGUCUGACUACUUUGAUAUGGACGAUCCUUACACAAGCCAAUUACCGUCUAGAUAUAUAUCCGUGAGGGGUCAGGAAGCAUACGUACACGCAUUAAUCAAAGAGCGUAAAUUUGCAAUUUUUGGGAAAAUUAUAGGUUCGAUCUUCUUUCCUGAAGAAGAUAUGUUUAACGAGCAUAUUAAAGGUUACAGACUUAUGAAACAAAGCAUAAGCUAUUAUUAUUCGUCUUUUGUGGUUCAACCAUGGCUGUUAAAACCAAUUGACACGAUAACAUUACGGCUGAAAGAAACAGGUAUCGCUAGUUUUUAUCUCAAAGACGUUGUCCAUCGAAGAGCCACUUAUAGUUUACGUGAAAUUCACAAGGAGUACGAUGGUCUCAAUAGCAAUUUUAUAGUCCUCGGACUCACACCAUUAGGCGCCGGAUUUAUGGCGCUCACCAUUGGCCUUUUGGCAUCAACAAUAGUAUUUUUUUAUGAGUUGAAACAAGCUGCUAAUUCGCGACCGAUUCGCGAAGUGUUUCGAGAUAUUCAAAAGAAACGGGAAAUAUACAAAUCAUCGAUUCUCUCUUACAAAAGAAAGUCGAAAGAAGCUAAGCUAAUGAAUUACAAUUCAAACAAAAGUUUCAGUUUAUUUGUAAUUAUGUCUGCCACUUAUAUUGCAAGUACUGAUAUUUGCACAAAAAUCGAAUAAAUAAUAAAAUUUCUCACAA